AUGGAACCAUUUCAAGAUGCUAGGCAUAUUCAGAGAUAUAAAAGAAGACUAGGGAUGAAUUAUGUUAACUACAAUGUUAAUGGUCAAAUUUGGGUGUUUGUAAGGGAGCAUGUUCAUGUAGGUGUUAUAUCAGAUUCAGAGCAGCAAUUGACUUUACAACUUACUCUAGAGGAUGGUGCUCAGAUCCUGGCUUCUGCUAUAUAUGUUAAGUGCACUGCUACUGAAAGGAUGCUCCUAUGGGGGGAUAUUUACUCUAUUAGUCGGGAUUUCACUAUUCCAUGGAUGGUAGGAGGAGAUUUUAAUGUGAUAUUGGGUGAAGAAGAAAAGAUUGGUGGAUUACCAGUUUACCCACAAGAGUAUGAGGAUGUUGGUGAAUGCUUGACUUCUAGUGGUUUGGAGGAUGUGAACUUUUCUGGAAACCCUUUCACAUGGUGGAAUGGUAGGGCAAAUGGAGAUUGUAUAUUUAAAAGACUGGAUAGGGUGGUGGUAAACCAAAUGUUAGAAGAUCUUUAUGGUAAUAUUGGUGUACAACAUUUGACAAGAACUGGGUCUGAUCAUGCUCCACUAUUGCUUUCUUGUGAAGUUAGCAAUGGAGCUAUUAUAAGACCUUUUAAGUUCCUCAACUUUUGGACUAAGAGAGAUGACUUAAGGGAAGUGGUAGAACAGAAUUGGGUAGCAAAUGAAUCAGACGAUAUCUUUGUGCAGUUUAAGCAAAAGCAUAAAAGAACUAAGAAGGCUUUAACAAAAUGGAGCAAGGAGAAGUUUGGGGAUAUAUUUAAACAACUAGCCAUCAGAGAGGAGAUAGUUAAAAUAAAGGAGCAGUUAUUUUUAGAUGAUCCAUCACCCACACAUAGGGGUAUCCUUCAACAGGCUCAAGCAGAAUUGAAGCAAUAUAAACACUUCGAGGAAGAAUUUUGGAGACAAAAAGCAAGGAUGCAGUGGUUUGAAGAAGGGGAUAGGAAUACUAAAUUUUUUCACAGCUUGGUCAGAGGAAGAAGAAAGAGGUUAAAUUUGAAAGGAAUUUCUAAAAUCGAUGGUACAUGGAUUGAAUCAGAAAAUGCCAUUGCUGAAGAAGGGAUUGAUUUUUUUACAAAACAAUUCACUGGUGAGGCAGUUGAUCAUGUAAUUACUCAUGAAGAAAAUGAAGAAAUGGCUCAGUUACCUAAUGAAGCAGAGAUCAGAAAUGUGGUGUUUGAGUUAAAUGCAGAAAGUUCAUGUGGGCCUGAUGGUUUUUCUGGAUGUUUUUAUCAACAUUGUUGGGAUAUUGUUGGGCCUGAUGGGAGGAAUAUUACUGAAAAUGUAUUGUUGGCUCAGGAAAUUAUUGGUGACAUCAGGUUGAGGGGAAAACCAGACAAUGUGGUUAUCAAACUUGACAUGGCCAAGGCAUAUAACAGAAAAGCUUUGAAUAGUUUGUUUCUAGAGGUUGGUUAUAGGGGUUAUGGUCUUCCUAAGUGGAGUGAUCAGUUGAAUCAUCUUGCCUACGCUGAUGAUAGGAAAUCUCUUCAAAUGAUUAUGAAUGUACUGAAAAUGUAUGAAGAACAAUCUGGACAGCUUAUAAAUAAAGAAAAGAGUUUCUUUUAUUUAUUCAACAAAGCUGCUCACUCUUCUGUUCAAACUGUUGAAGAGGUAACAAGUUUCUGCAAAGGGAACUUUCCAUUAACCUAUUUGGGGUGUCCUAUAAGCCACUCAAAGAAGAAGAAAUCACAUUUUAAAGAGCUUAUUAAGAAGAUUCAGAACAAGUUGCAGUUGUGGAAAGGGAAGUUGUUAUCCUUUGGAGGCAAAGAAGUUCUCAUUAGUCAUGUAUUGCAGAGUAUUCCUGUCUAUCUCUUAUCUGUGCUUAGUCCUCCCAAGUGUGUUAUUGAUGAUAUUCAUAAGACUUUUGCAAAAUUCUUAUGGAAUGCUAAGGAAGGGGGAAGAGCUACUCACUGUUAUGGUGGAAGUUCAGAACAACAAAUUCUCUUUGGUCCAAUUACAUGUGGAACAAGUACUGUAAAAGACAGAGGCCACAAGUUGUUGAAUGGAAAUGAGGAUCAGAGUCAUUUAGAAUCUGCUAGGCAAUUAUUUAAUGAAGAUGGACGGAGGACUAAUGUAUUAAUUACUAAUUUCAACAAUGAUAUUUGUAAUCACAUUUACCAGGUUCUGGGAAACAUUACCAUUACUGAAGGUAGAGACAUAGCCUGGUGGAUGCCAAGAAGUGAUGGAAAGUUUAAAGUAAGCUCAGCUUGGGAGUUAUGCAGAAGUAGAAGAGAUCCUAUCGAUAAUAUCUCAAAUAUUUGGGAGAAAGGUUUGCCUUUCAAAAUUUCAUUUUUUAUGUGGAGAUUAUGGUUUAGAAGAAUUCCUAUAUGGGAAGUACUGAUUAGAAGGAGGAUUGUGGAUCAUGUUGAUUGUUGUUGUUGUAACAACAAUGCCCCUGAAACAUUUUCUCAUCUUUUUGUUAACUGUACAAUUGCUCAAACUCUGUGGAAAUGGUUUAGGGAUGUUGCAGGAUUACACUUUCCAAUUGUUCAACUUAGACAGAUAAUACAGGAUUGGUGGAGGGCUGAUGGAGUGCCUAAAUUCCUUGAAGGGUAUUCACCACUGAUAAAGACUAAAAUUGUGAGAUGGAUUCACCCUCCAGCUGGGGUUUAUAAGUGCAAUACUGAUGCCUCAUUUGAUUAUGAGACAUGCAUUGGGGUCAUAGCUUUUUGUAUCCGGAAUGAGGUGGGGGAUCUGGCGUAUGCAGAAUCUAAAGAGGUUACCAAAGAUUCAAUUUUGGAGGCUGAGAUCAUAGAAAUUAAGGAGGGCAUAUAUUACUGUAUUCAGAAGACCUUGAUACCCUUGAUUAUAGAAACUGAUUCUCUGUUAGCUCAGAAAGCACUAAAUGGAGUGUGGGAGGUUCCAUGGAAGAUCGCUUGGGAAGUCAGGCUCAUUAAGCAAUUGAUAAAGAACCAUGGAGUGGAAGUGGUCCAUACUUUCAGAGAGGGAAACAACCUAGCUGAUUUUUUUACUAAAUCGUUUGUUGAUUGUGCAUGA